AAAAAAAUACAUAUCCUUUUCUGAACUCAUCUUGUCCUACCAGGCCCAAUUUAACUGCACUCGCAGCCCAAACACACGAGUACAUGGAGGAAGAGGGCACACCAGAGUGUUGUUGUAUGGGCCGGAUGGAGAUAGGCGGGCCCACCGAUGCAGUCAGCCCCCCUCUUCUCUCGGAUUUCAAAUCCACCGAUCAAUUCCAGUUCAUCGACGGCAACGGCCAACGGCACAGCAUCGCACGGCCUCCCGCCGCCAUGGAGGACAGCGACCUCGACUCCGCCGCGCUCUGGGCCGCCGUUGACUACGCCGCCGCCAAGGUCUCCACCCGAGUCCGCGGCGCCGCAAGCGACGAUGAUCACCGCGGCGAGGUGCUGCAGCCCGCCCGCCCGUUCAAGUCCCCGCGGCUCGCCUCCGCCUCCCACGCCACGCCACCGUCGCCAUCGCCAUCGCCGCUGCCCCUGCCCCUGGCCCCGCCGACUCACGCCUCUCCUUACGCCACGUCCGACUCGGCGGCGGCGGCGGCGGCGGCGGCCAGGAACCGGCUCGCGGUCGUUGAGAGCCCGCCUCCUCAGCCCUGGUGGUUUUCCACGGGGAGCCCCAUCACCACGCCCAACGACGGUGGCCUGCUCCCCUCCCUCUCCGUGGACAACUUCAGAAAGUACCAGGAGGUAGCCCUCUCGAUUCUGGAGAAAAGUGACUAGACCUCUAUUAGUGGGAAUCCAUACAUAAAGAAAUCAGGGUGGAGAAAAAUAUCUUGCUUCUUCAGUAUAUCAUUUGAAAUCAAGGACCACUCCAUUGAGUUUGAUGAAAACCGCAAUGUCAACCGUGCUGAAUUUCUUGUUCGAGCCUCCAUGAUUGGUGGCAGGUUCUCAGAUGGUUGGGGCUCGUGUGAUCGAAGAGAGAAAAGGUUUAACAAACCAAACCAUGACAUUCCCAGCACAGCUGAAACCAGAGCUAAGAACAAGGCUUGCCAGGAUCUUCUUGGCACUGGAAAUAAUCGUCCAGGGUGAGAUGUGGAAGAACCUUGAUGACAGUUUUGGUUCAGAUACGACCUCUUCCACUACUGGUCUACUGCCAGAGACUGAUAUGGCAAACCAAAGGUAUUAUUGCCUUAUACUGGGCUAAAUUUGUCCUCUCAGGCCCAGAAUGGAACACUAAACAUGAGCUGAUGCAAACAUAUGGAUACUGCAAUGUGAUUACUCUUUUUGGAUGGUAGAGUAAUAUGUAAAUGAUGUUUAUUGGCUUUUAUAUGGGCGUCUCUGUUGAAGCAGCUAGUUGUAUGGCACAUCAACUGCAGCAGGUGCGUGGAGGCAUUUUUUUGUCGUUUUGGCCUGGAAGUUUCUGGAGUUACAAGUUGAGUUUUUUGAAUGAUGUUGACUGAAUGUGGUUUCUGAAAGUGAUUAGAGAGCUGUGUGCUAGUAUGAUGAUAAUUGCUAAAAAUCUAUUAAGGAUGCAUAUGCAGGCAUCGAUAGAUUUGUAGUGUGGAUUGGAUUGUGUAUUUUUAGGCAGACUGGAUAAUUUGGGGCUUAGCUAGGAUUGAUCUCUCGUCUGCGUCAACUGAUGUACUACAAUAAACUGGAACCUCCCUGUCUUAGCGGAGUUGAUUGAAUUGGAGGCUUCAUCUUAACCACGAGGAGGAUCUGGAAACACAGGAAUAAUGUAUUCAGAUGGUAUGAUCCGAUCGUUACAGCACUUGUUGUCUUGUUCAGAACAUCAAAGAGGGCAUUCUGUUAAGGGAGUUCUAGAAUGUUAAUUCGUCGUGUCUUUUUUUUUUUUGAACGGCUUCCUCGUGUCUGCUUCUGCUUGUUCAGCUUUUUGUUGACAAAUCUUUCUUCAUUUCUUGUACAUAUAACAAUGACCAAAUUGUACUAUGAGGUCCUGAUUUUAAAGUGCGAAGGUACGUGUGAAA